GAUUACUCGGUAUAUCUAUGAAACGUAGUUUUUUUUAUACAAAAAUUAUACCAAAACAACACAAAUGUCGAAAACUAAACGUCAGUGUCAACUCAACGGGUGUUUGAUAUCGAGUUUUAAGUUCGAGUUUUAGUAUGUAGAGAUAAAGAAUUUAACGAAAAAAACUGAUAGACUAACAAGAAAUCGCAAGAAAUUAUCGCAAAAUACCCGACCUCGACAUAAUUUGUACAUUUCGAAUUCAUUCACACUAGCUCCAAAUGGAUAAUGGCCACGUACGGGACUUCUCCGAAUUCUGCGAGCAACUCAACGAACUCCGAAUCAAGUUCCUCAAAUGGGACAAUUGCGAAAAAACCGUCGGCCUCUACUACCUGAUGGUGGGCCUGCCGUUCGCCAACGCCAGGUUCCUGCAGCACACCCUCGAGCAAUGCAUAAACAACGUCAACACCCGGGAGGCCCAGACGCUGGAAAAGAACGCCAACGACACCAUUUACAUCUCGAGCUUCCUACUCGAACCGCCACAAGUUGCCCUUACUUUGCUACUAACGCAUUUGCCUUUGUUGAAACCGGAUAACAAGAAAACUGCCGACUGCUACCUGAGAAUCAUCAAGCAAGUCUUGAGCGAGUUCAUCGCACCACCCGUCAAGAUUUACAAUGAUUGCGUCGAGAUCAUGUCCUAUUUGUACAUCCAUCCUGCUUUCAAUAACGAAGACAAAACCGCCUUCAAAAAUCUACUAAGACGGGUUUUGACCAAAGUGAAUCCCCAUACGUUCGUUCAUUCCUCCGCAACGGAAUCCAGCGAUGAGUCCGUAAGCCCCAAUCCCGAGUCCCAGCAAAACCUGAAGCAGAGACGCUCCAACAGCCUUACGCCGGCGCCCGACAGUUCCAUUCCCUCCCAAGACAACUGGUACUCCCAGGAGAACCUCAGCGAGCCCAUCGCGAAGCCUCGAAGCUACUCUUUAUCCAGCGAGAAAUCGUUGCUGACUAAUUUGACCAACCUGCAAUCGAGCAGGUCCGAAACGAGGCUGCAGGACUUGAAAUUAGCUAACAACUUACCGGCCAUGAAGAGCAUAACCUCUUGGUUAAAAUCAUUGAGGUUGCACAAAUACAGCUGGGUGUUUAACAAUUUAACCUACAGCCAAAUGGUUAACCUAACGGAGGACACUCUGCUGAGGAUAGGGAUCACGAAAGGGGCUAGGCAUAAGAUUUUGUUGAGUCUUAGUAAAUUGAAGGAGCGGGGAACCACGUUGACCGAAUUAGAAACGGAAGUGAUGAACGGUGGGGAUUUGAACAUCGCAUUGAAGAAGUUGAAGAGCAUUUUGCAGAGCCCUUUGCUCAUUUCGGACGGAGAAGAUUUACCUUCGCAAGUGGUUAAAGUCAUGGGAAAGGUGUGCACUCAAAUGCUAAUGCUGAGGCAACCAUCUGAUGAAUAUCUGAUGAUGUUCAACUCCUUAUGUGAAAAAGCCGAAACUGUGGACGCCUUUACGGACGAGCAGAAGAAACGGGUGGUUAUGUGGAGGAAUCAGCUGAUUAAAGACGAUAUCUUACCCGCCCCUAAUUGUAAACCUAAGAAAUCCAGCAAUCAUCAUCACCACCAUCAUCAUCAUCACAGGGUUUUCUCGGACAAGCAGAAGUUGCAAAAGGUCUGCGCUGUAGUGCAACAGAGCUACACCAAAAAGAGUUCUUCCUUCCCCAACAUGCAGCACAAUUUACAAUGGAACGCCCAUCGGCAUUCCGUAGGUAGCGUAACGUUGCAGAAUCACCUAUUCGCGGCGAAUAUGAGCAACCCCGUGAGGACGCAGAACAUCCAGAAUUACAUCAAUUUUCCGAUCGAGCAGAGCCCCAAGCAGAUCAGCUUGCCGAAGUUCAAGCAGGACAGCACCGAUAUCGAAAGUAGUUUGGAAUCGUUGUGUAUACAAAUGAUGGAGCAUGCUUUGGGACCUUAG